AACCCCCUUGCAGGCAAAACCGGAAGAUUCUGACCAGUUUCCAACAAGUUAGAACGCAACACAUCUAAUCCAUGACUCACAUCUAAUUCUGCGAACUCAGUCUCACAAACGCACGAUCUUCUCUGAAUCCGUAAGGCAAUAAAUAUCCAAAAGUAACGAUUAACAAUGGAAGAAACACCCUCAAGUAACGAGAGCACUUUAUAUGCAAGAUUUCGUCGCAGUUGCCGCAACCGGGAGUCUCAUGACACGCUCGCGGAAUUGGCGGCUGAAUUACGACGUGCCUAUAUGGUGAAAGGGCUGCAGGCUCAGCUUGAUGAGAAACAGGCUCACAAAUAUACCGAGCUCGUGCGAAAACGCGAGGUCGCCGACUUGAUCCGUCAGGAACAACAGGAAGUAUUGGAGGAGGAUCUCCGAUGCCAGUCGGAGAUGCUACGGAAAUCGAAGGAAUACAGAAGGCAACUGGACGAGCAGUUGACACGAAAGGAGGAACAAAAAAGAGUCAUUGUGGAGGAGGCUCGCGAGUACAGGAAGUUCUUGGAAGAAGUGGACCGAGAGCAAGAAGAGCAGGAGCGCACGAAGGCGGUGGAGAAGAAAUGCGAGCUUGUAGAGAGGACGAGACAAGAGAGACUGAUCCUCGAGGAAAUAAGGGAGGCCCGUCGACAAGAGGAGCUUGAAGCAGAAGAGAAGAAGCGACUGAAAGAUCUAGAGUACUUGAAGGAGAUAGAGGAGAGAUCGAAGGAGAUGAGUAGACUCCGACAGGAGCAGUUAGAGAGGCGCGAGCGUGUCCUCCUGGAAACAACUAAGAUACUGCUGGACGCUCAAGCUCAAAAACGAGAGAGAGAAGAGCGACUGAUUGAUCUCGUAGCGGAGGAGAUCAGGUGCGAGCUUGUAAUCAGGGAGAUGGAGGAGACGAUGCGUAGGAAAAAAAUGCAGCAAGAACUGGCAGUUAGUUUACGGGAACAGAUAGUCUUCACGGAACAGUGCAGGCUGCGUUUCGUUGAGGAGGAUAGAGCAUGGGCCGAGGAAGUCAUGAGGAAGAUUAUGGAAGAUGAGAAGAUGGCAAGGUGCACGGCCGAGGCGAAAAGAAGGAUGAAAGUACAGUACCGGAAGGACCUGGAGAGUUUGAUUGAACACCGCCGCAGGAUUCGCGAGAAGGAGAUUGCUAGGAUUGAGGAAAUCGCUAAAGAGCAACAGAGAUUGGAACUACUUGAGGCGGAACGUGCGAAGGAGGAGAGAAAACGUUUGUUGAUGAUACACGCAGCUAACAUUGCAAAUUUCGUGAAUAGAGCGACUCUUACGUCUGAAGAACAAGAGAUUCUUGACAAAUUAACAAAGAAAAAUCAAGACACUAAAAAUAUCGAUAAUGGAGAUAUGAAAAAUUGAGCGAGAUGAUAAAGCCAUCAUUAAGUAAGAAAAUUUCAUCUCCAGAUAAUGUCGGCGAGAAAAUCGUUGAGAAGAUAGAGAAGAUAAUAAUGAAAAAUAUUGUACUAUCCACGGAAAUGGUCGAUCGGGACUCAUCGCAGUAUUUGCAGUAACUAGAACUUGUAGGACGAUUAGUAAAGAGAAGGAAGCUAAGGUCGACGAAGAGAAUAACAUUAAAGUGAAAAAGGAAAUGCAAUGUUAUAUAGGUAGAAAAAGAAUU